AUGUCGCAAAUCAAUGGCCAGAGAAGGGCGACAGACUCAUUCCGCACCCAGGGGGAAGAUGGAGGGAAGAACAUCCUCUGCGACCAGAUCAAAGAGAUCGUCGCCGCGCUAAAUGACAUCCGCUCCCAGCUGGCCGAGCAGAACAAGUACCUGGAUGUUCUUACUGAGACAUAUGUCAGGAGACCUAGGGCCGCGACAGUGCCAUCGCGCAAACCGGCACCCUUUACCUUUGCGGAUGAGUUGGAGACGGUGGAGUGGGAGGACGGUAGUGACUGGGGAGACCACAUAGAAUAUGUGCAGGAAGAGGCUGAACAACCGAAACCGGAAGAAGAUGACGUUUUUGAAAGACAAGACGACGUUUUUGGGUGGGGAGAAGGCAUUCGCCACGAGAUGUAUGAACAUCGCCUGGAACAGGAAGAAUUCCACCAAGAAGAACAGGAUGAGCCGGAAGAGGAGGUCUUCGAAGAUGCCCGAGACGAGAUUCAAGAUCCUGUCUACGAUGCUGCUCUAGCCACACAACUCAUGGAGUCGCUGGAAGAAGCCAUACCGGUUAAAAUGAUCGAAAAACAACAGCCAACCCAUCUUUUUGUCGACUCUACGACACCAGGAUCAACACCAUUCUACCUCCCACUGGGCCUCGUUAUCGUAAUCGCUCCUCUGCAUGCGCUUCUUCAACUCCAAGCAAACAACGCAUGUCUCUCAAAUCCCGCAAGCGUCAUUCGCUACGAUGUUCAUUGUCCUGUCGCUGGCGGUAUACAUCUUCGCGACCUUUACGCUGUGGUUCCUGCGCGAGGAAGACUGGGUGAAGCGGGUUAUUGGGUCGUGGAAGCUCGCGAACCCGACGUCGAACUCGAACUCAAGCCAGCAGGAUCAGAGUCGGGAUUCGAGAUUGCCGGAUUUAUUGCGGCGGAGGAAGGCGCUCGAGACGUCUUCAUAGGUGAAGAGGGAUCCAUCCGAUGGAUGGAGAAUGACAAUGCAAUGACUUAUGGAUACACGAACAUGAACGUGAUUUGA